AGUUUGUGUAACAUUAAGCUAAGGCGUGGGUCUAGCCAGAGAAAAUGCGGGGCAGCGCACAAUACUUUGAGGAAUACAAUAACUCCCAAUCAUAAUAGUAAAUAGAGUAUAAUCUUACAAGUAAGCUUUUUAAGAGCAGGAUAUGCUUAAUGUUGUCAAGUGACUCGCCCAAUAAUAUAAUUCAGAAUGAACCAAGCGUGAAUGUAACUCGUGAAGUUUCAGUAUCCGUACCAUUACUAGAAUCAGGUGCUUCUCUAAGCAAAGCUGAGACAAAUCGUCGAACACAUUCAAAAAGAAGGAGAUCAACAACAUAUGGAUCUACAUUCAAAUUAUUUAAGGCUUGUAACUUUUGUCGAAAACGAAAGAUAAAAUGUGCCGUUAAAUCCAAUACCAAUAUUUGUGAAAAUUGUCGACUUCAUGAUAGAGAAUGUGUAUUUGAUCAUGUUAUUGUCAAUCAGAAACUUCCCAAAGAUGUCCUGCCUAAACCAAAAUCAGAUUCAUUUAUAUUACAUUCUCCUUUCUUGGAUGUGAGUCCCCAGGCCUUAUCUGAAGCCUCUCCUAGUUCCCUACUGCUGGGUUCGAAUGUUACAGAGACUUUAGAAACUUUAUAUCACAACUACAUUGAACACUACACUCCCUUCUUAGAUGAAGAAAUCUUCAAAUAUGACUUGGAUAAAUUUUGUGAAAGUUGUAUUUAUAUCGCUGCCAAAUGCAAUUUUGAUAGUAAUUCACUUCAGUAUAUUGAUAGCAGUUUCCAUUUAAAUUUAAUUAAUUCAACGAUUGCUUCUCCUGAUUUUGAAUGGAAUGAAGUUUCUUUGGCUUGUUUCUUUUUGGUUCCCUUGAGAGUUCCCAUUGGAAAUUCCAUUAUAUAUAAAAGUUUACUUUCAUUUAAUCAAAUUCUGUCAUCUACUGAAAAGGAUCAAUUGUCAAUUAACUUGAUACUUGGUGCCAUGAUCACUGAUGCUUAUUAUUCCAUGUUCAAUGGAUCAAAAUUACUUAUAACAGACCCAUUAGUUCCAUUUAAAACAUUAACAUAUCUAUCUACCUUAAAUCCGACAUUAUUUGUAUAUCAUUUCUUGUUUAUUGGUUAUUACAUCUAUACUAUGAUGUGGUUAGUCAAUGAUGAGAAAUUGUCCUUUACAGAACGUAAAUUACGGUUUUUACAACUUGAAUUUGAUAUUCUUCUAUGGCCCGCCAAACUUCCUGGUGAAUUAUUAAUAGUAAAAGACAAGCUUGGAGGCAGUACUGAAGCUUUUAUACUUCAUUUACUUCAUAACACAUUAUUAUGUUGUUAUUAUACUUAUGCAUUAAAGAGAAAAGAUACUAUAGGUAGAAUGAUUGCAAUGUCUCCGGUUCCAGGGUUAUAUCAUUUCAUUUCAGGAUUAGCUCAAAGUACCUUUAAUGUAGCAAAACAAUUGGAUGGAAUUUGGACACUAUUAUCUGAUUGUGUAGUUAAAACUGCUAAAUGUUUAAUUGAUUUAAAUGAUAUAAUGGAAUUUGAUCAAUUCAAGGUUCCUUUGUCGUUAUUUAUCAAAUUUCAAAACGUUCAUGAUUUGGUUUGGCAAGAUGAAGUUCAUGGUAGUGCUACAACCAUUCUAAAAGGGUUUACAUAUUACGAUGAUGAUGUUGAUGGUGCUGUUGUAUUUUGGGUAUUCAGAGAUAUUAGAAGUUUAGCAUUACAGUCCCAAAUUGUAGAUAAAAGUUAAUGUUUUCUAUUCUCCGUACAUAAUUAAUAUGUUAAUAAAUACAGCAGAAGAUGAAAAA